AUGGAUAGAAUGUACGAUCACAGAUUUCAGCGCACAGACCAGUGGAGGCCGGUCUACUCAUGGCUCGAAUCGCUCGACACGGACGAGGUGAUUAAGUCCAACGAUGUCAUCGAUUGGCUCACGGCAAACCCUGAAAUCAGAGACCAUUUGUACUCCCGCCACUCGCGCUACCAUUUGAUGCACUACAUCAAGAAAUGUCAUAUCAAGAUCUUGAAGCGAAAGGAGAAGCAG